AUGAACGGCCGCUUCACCGCACACCACAACCCCGCCGUUGUCAGCUUGCGCGCGAGCAACCUUAACCUCAUGCUUAUCGGAUACGGUAAGCGCAGCAACGACGGCACGCGCGCCGAGGUGUGGGCAGAUGGUCUCAUCACCAAGGCCGAGCUGCGACUGAAGGCACUGAUCGAAGGUGAUUGGCAGCCGAUCAAGUGGUUCGAGAUCGCCGAGUUCGUGCCUUGGAUCAGCCAGAUCAAAAAGCAUGGUGAGAAAGAUGAGGAAAAGAUCAUUGCGAUCCGGAACAACUGGCUCUUAUUGUACCCCGACAUGCAGCUUGACCAGCCAUCCACGUAUACGACAGCUACAGCCCCAGCAACUGCGGAGAUAAUCAAUGAAUUCGAAACCUGGGUACGCCGGAUCCCCGAUGAGCCCAGAGACCAAGGUAAGGAAGGCGGAGGUAUCAAGACAUUGGCACAUCAUUUUUCCGGGUGUACUACAGGCGGCGCCACCAUCAGGUCCGAAGCCCACCAGUCCAGUUGCGAAGAGACAGAUGUUCGAGACCUAGCAUCGCCACUGAUGCCGUAG